AUGGAGGCCUCUCCGGCACCUGUUCGGACCAGCCCUCUGUGCUGCAAAGCACGAGGUACCUUACUGCCGGCUUGCACGCCAUGCGAAUUGAGUACUUCCAGCGCGGGGGGUGAUGCGCGUCUUUUCUUCCGGUAUUCGGGGCCCGACACGGAUGGGCAAAUGAUAGUGGUGCCACCGACUAAGCUGGGCUUCCCGAGAUCUCAGACUUGGAUCAAGGAAGUCUUUGAUGUCUCAGUGGACAAUCCGAGUGAGCUGCCGCCCUCAGACGAUCUCGGAGACUUCUCCAAAGCGUAUCCCAACGCACUUCUGCUUUACCGGGCGGACGAUCCUUUCCAGAACACCGGUCCUGGGGAGGGCGCCUUCAGUAUGGAGGUGACGGAUCUCAACAUCCCGAUCUAUGUCCGGUGGCAAGGCUACUUCCUCUUUGUCCGUGGCGGGGAGUACAUCUUCCGCCUCGAGUCGGACGACGGGGGGCGUGUGACCUUCGGCGGCCGCGGCAUGGAAGGGGAGAAGGUGAUGGUGGACAAUCCUGGCAUGCAGGAAGGCUCCCAGACAGCGCAAACCAGGAUGCAAGUGCUUCCAGGGCUGCACCCGGUGCGUGUGGAGUUCUUUUGGAAGCCCUCGGACACGGUGGCGAGCAUCCAACGGCCUCCAGGGAUCAAGGUCACCUACACCGGUUUCGACACACAAGGCUACUUUCUGUCCUUGAGCCGGGACGCGGGUGCGCGGAUGACCACGCAGGAGUAUGACUGUGAGCUAAGGCGCUUUGAAUGGGGCGGUGGCAUGAGCGUGACACGGGACUGUGCUGGGGCGUGCUUCGUCGGCUUUGAGUCGAACUUGGGCGACCGGAUCUGCGACAACGGUGAGGGCACCACCAGCAGCCUCGAGUGUUCUCAAUACAACUUCGACAACUUCGAUUGUUCUCCCACGUACCCGCAGAAGCUGGAGACGACGGCACGCCCCAGCAUCACCUGCCACCAGUCCUGUCCCUCCAGCAACUUCAGGCGGAAGAACUGCGCCACCUGCAGCUCUACCACCUCCAAUGGCCAGCUGUGCAUCGAAGCCUAUGACGACUACUGCCCCUCUGGCAAUCAGGAGGAUUGCACCUUUUUGACCUGCUGUGUGGCAAAGGUCAGUGGCUUGAACUACUGGGGAGAAGAUUGCCUAGCUUUCGGCACAGCCAGCAAUUGCUCAGGGAAGUUGAACGUGAUCCUCUCACGGCUUCAACUGGAGCGCUUGCCCAUGGAUGCUGCGGCGGUCUACGACCCUCUGGCACCACGCCCGCGACCCACAGGUAGCAUGAUGUCCGAGUGCUAUCAGAGCAACUGCAAUCAGAUCACAGAGGAUGCAGCACAUGUCGAGUUCGUGCUGAACCCCUUCACCGGUUUCUACACUGAUCAGCGAAUCUGCCCGGUGCAGGAGUCGGUGGAUCCGGGCUUCCAGUGCUAUGAGGGGCCCUUCGCGGCGGCGGGGAUCACCGAUGUGCUCACACAGUGCCAGGACAGCAAUUUCCAAUACAACUUCUGCCGGAACCGGAAGAGCGUCGACGGCCGCCCCUUCCGGGUUUGCUGCAGCUUCCUCUUCCUGAACCCUCAGGGCAUGGCGGAGUGUCGCUUCAUGGGAGCGGCGCAGGGCAGUUGCCAGCUGCUGCUGGAGGAGCUGGAAAGAAACUUGAGCUCCAGCGCCUUCACGCGGAUCUCCAACGCUCAGGCGGGUCGGUCACGCGGGUGUGGCUUGAAGAGAGCGGAGUUGCUGUGGCUGGACAAUGGAUGA